UGCGAUGUGCUGGGUUUGCCUUCGCUCGGGAAAGUUUUAGCCGGUAUCGGACGUCCCUCUGCAUCUAUGAUCUUAAAUCAAAAUGAUCUGAUAAUUAAGAAAUAUUUUUUAACAUUUUAACAUGACGGGUACAUUGGAGUUGUUCGUUUGUGUUUCGGUGUUGCUGCUUUCCCCCUGUGCGAGAGGUGCUCCAAGGGAGAGGGUGUACUACAUCGGGAUCAUUGAGGAUUUCUGGGACUAUGCGCCAAGUGGGAAAAACCUUAUAAACGGCAAAGAGAUUGCGGAUGAUGAAGUUUCAUCGAUAUACUUGGAGCAGGGGCCUAAUCGUAUCGGCAGGAUGUAUAAGAAGGCCAUGUUCCGUCAGUACACCGACGCCUCCUACACCCUGCAGGCCCAAAGGCCCGAGUGGCUUGGCUACCUGGGGCCCGUGAUCAUGGCCGAGGUGGACGAAGUCAUUGUGGUCCACCUCAGGAACAUGGCCUCCAGGAAUUACUCCAUCCACCCCCAUGGAGUGUUCUACACGAAGGAAAACGAGGGAGCUCUGUAUGCAGACCGGACCUCGGGGCGGAUGAAGCAUGACGACUCUGUCCCCCCAGGCGGGGACUACACUUACCGCUGGGAGGUGAAACCCGAGUUCGGCCCCACGCAGAACGACGCCAACUGCCUGACCUGGGCGUACCACUCCCAUGUGGCCGCCCCCAAGGACAUCGCCUCGGGCCUGGUCGGGGCCCUGCUCACCUGCAAACGAGGUGUCCUUAAGGAGCAGGUGGAGUCACAGUCGAUGGAGCUGGGACGCAACGAUGUAGACCAAAGCUUCAUUCUGAUGUUCAACGUGGUGGAUGAGUCCUCUAGCUGGUACUUUGAGGACAACAUCAAGAACUUCUGCUCGGAGCCAGACACAGUGGACCAGUCGGACGGAGAUUUUGAGGAGUCCAACCUGAUGCAUGCUAUCAACGGCUACAUGUUCGGCAACAUGCCCGACAUGGCGCUGUGCCAGCACCGGCCGGUUUCCUGGCAUCUGUUUGGCAUGGGUGGCGAGGCGGACCUCCACUCCGCCUAUUUCCACGGCAACACGGUGUUGGAGCGAGGUCACCGCACCGACGUCCUCAGCCUGUUCGCCGCCACGUUCGUCACGGCGCAGAUGGUUCCCUUGUCUCUGGGAAGGUGGCCGCUGAGCUGUCAGGUUAACGACCACCUCAUGGCUGGGAUGCAGACCUCCUAUACGGUGAAGGGGUGUGGAGAUGCAGGGGACUCCUCACAGCCUACCGGGGUUGUGAGACAGUACUAUGUGGCCGCAGAAGAGGUCACAUGGGACUAUGGUCCGUCGGGAUUAGAUAACAUCAACAUGAUAAACCUCACAAACAGCCAGAGUCCAUCAGAGCUCUACUUCGGACGGACUGCCGGUCGGAUCGGGGGGCGGUACUUGAAAGCGGUGUUCAGGGCCUACACUGACAGUACCUUCACCAGCAGGAAGCCCUCGGACAAACACAUGGGGAUUCUGGGUCCGGUCCUGCGGGGGGAGUUGGGGGACACCAUCAGUGUGACGUUCAUGAACAAGGCCAGCAGGAAUUAUGGGAUCCAGCCUCAUGGGCUCCACAUGGACAAGCUUGGCUCUGACGGUUUGGGCGGGGCUGGAGCCGAGGUGGGACCAGGGGAGACCUUCGUCUACGCCUGGCAGCUGCUGGAAGGCCCGUCUCCAUCAGACCCGGCCUGUAUCCCUUAUCUGUACUACUCCGGCACCGACCCUAUCAAAGACACCAGCUCGGGCUUAGUGGGACCCUUACUGGUCUGCAAGCAAGGGUCCCUGGGGAGCAGUGGAGUUCAGAAAGACGUGGACAAGGAGUUUUUCCUCCUCUAUUCCGUCAUGGACGAGAACGAAAGCUGGUACAUUGAUAAAAAUACCGAAACGUACGCCACUCUGCAAAGCCCAUUGACAGAACAAGAAGAGGAUGCGGAGGCAAUAACAGAGAGCAAUAGGAUGCAUGCGGUCAACGGCUUGGUGUACGGGAACCUUGGGGGUCUGGAGUUGUGUCAGGGGGAGCAGGUGGUGUGGUACAUCUUUGGCCUGGGCACCGAGGGGGACAUCCAUGGGGUCCACUUCGAGGGCAACAACUUCCAGAGGCAGAGCACCACCCGGGACACGGCCAACGUGUUCCCCCACACCACCGCCACCCUCGCCAUGCAGCCGCAGGCGCUGGGUAUAUUCGAGGUGACCUGCAGAGUGACCACCCACUACAGUGCCGGGAUGAGGCACCAGUACCAGGUGGGCCGAUGCCCGGGACAAAAUGUGACUGCCUCAGCGCCUUGGAAAGCCACCAGGGUGGUCCCGUAUUUCAUCAGCGCUGAGGAGACCGAGUGGGACUACUUCCCCGACAGUACCUGGGAGCUGGAGAACCAUCCGGUGAACAGCCCCAGCCAUAUGUAUGUGGGAAAAGCACCAGAUCGAAUCGGGCCACGCUUCAAGAAGGUGGUCUACAGGGAGUACACAGACGAGACCUUCAGCACGCCGCGGGAACAACUGCAGCACCUAGGAAUCAUGGGUCCUUUGAUCAAAGCAGAGGUGGGCGAGCAGGUCCUGGUCAUGUUUAAGAACAAGGCAAGCCGGCCCUACUCCAUCCACGCCCAAGGCAUCCAGAGGUCCUCUCGCUUCCCGGGAGCCAACCCUGUCCAACCUGGCUUCAUCACCACCUUCGAGUGGGAUUUCCCAGAGAGCUCAGGUCCAGGGCCUUCAGAUCCUAACUGCGUCACCUAUGCCUACUUCUCCCCUGUGGAUUUCGUAAAGGACAUGAACAGUGGUCUUCUGGGACCCCUGGUGGUGUGCAGGCAGGGGUCUCUGCACAGGGGCACGGCUUCUGAGAGGGAGAGGAGGGACGUGGAGAAGGAGUUCGCUCUUCUCUUCAUGGUGUUUGACGAGAACCUGUCGUGGUAUUUGGACGACAACAUCUUAACUUACCUCAACCUAGCCGCGGACUCCGACAUUAAGGAGGUGGAAGACUUUUACGAUAGCAAUAAAAAGUAUACUAUAAACGGCCUAACGUAUGGGACCCUGCGUGGGCUGGAGAUGACGAAGGGUCAGAGGGUGGACUGGUACCUCCUGGGCAUGGGGAAGGAUGUGGACAUCCACACCGUCCACUUUCAUGCUGAGACCUUCACCUACCGGACGGACGGUACGCACCGCGCUGACGUGUUGGACCUCUUCCCCGGGACCUUCCAGACCGUGGAGAUGGUGGUGGACAACCCCGGCACCUGGUUGCUCCACUGUCAUCUGUCCGAGCACAUCCGCAUGGGCAUGGAGACCACCUACACCAUACAAGAUGUCUUAAGGCCUACAGAUGGCUUGGGGCCUAAGGAAUCGACGGCGGUGCAAACCAAAGGCUCUGGUGUUGUAGUUUCGCUCUGUCUUCUUCUAAUGCGAUGGAUUCCGACCUGGACACAAAAUCCUUAACUCUUUAACACUUUGUGGCCCAUGUUCUGACAAAGAGCUAGUGAAUCAAAAAUGUGCGAUACACUUUUAGAAUACAUAGAAGACAUUUAUGGUAUCAAGUUCGUACCUGAUUAAGUAAUCGAUAAGAUAACCUAUAUUAUUGUUUAAGUUUCGUAGCAUUCGAAUGAUAUUUGUCGCCAUCUAGUGGAUGCUUGGAGUAAAUCUAGGACAAGUUGGACAAAUACAUUGUAGGCCUAUAUGUAACGAAAAAACAGACGGACUUGAAGAGAAAUUGAAAUAAAUAGAUUUGAAAAAAGAGUGUCUGCGAAACUAAAUUUGAAAAACAAAUGGGAAGCUAAAACAGGACAAUUGUGAACAUCUUGGAAGUUCCCCCUACAGCAGGGGGCAAGACCCAACACAGGGAAAAACAAGAGGGACGGCCACAAAAAAAUGGAAAGAGGGACAGCAUCUGGUUUAAGCCUGUUGCACUUUAAGACAUCAUUGGUACAGGUUAAACCAGCCAUCACCAGACACACUCAGUGAGAUCUCCUGCAUGGUAGCCUGGGAGCACCAGGCCAUGUAUCGUUAUCUGAAAGCCAUACAAUGGACCAACAUCCAACAACAAUGCAUUGGUACAUAGGGUUAGCAACAUCACUCCUGCUUUCUUCUUUAGAAAUAUGUUCAUUUUAAGAAGUGAAUGGUUAGUUAUUUGUUUGUACAUGUUAUAAUCAUUGUUAUUAUAUAUUGUAUGAUUCUAUACUGCCUCUUCAUAACGUUUUGCAUAUUUGAAUAAUAGUGAGUGAUUGAAUACGGAAGCACUGUUUUUUUUUAUACACAGUACAAUACAUUUAUUUAUAUAAAAAAAAAAGAUUGUAGAAAUUCUGCUUCGCAAUGAAUGUAUUUACAGUUGAAGACAGUGUUUUGAGGUUGCAAAUGGGAAUACAAUAAGAGAUUGGUGGAUAUUGUGUCCUUAUAUGUUCUAUAAAUAAAAUGUUAAAUAUCUAAGUGCUCGUUCAGUUGAAUGUUGAUUUCGGAACACUGAGGUUUGGAGGAACGAUGUAGUUUACGUUCAGCUCUUGUCUCUUGUAUUGUAGAACUGGCCCCUGUGAGGUCAAAGACAUUGCAGACAUUUAACAAUUAUUACAUAGAACUAGAAAAUGCAUUUCCUGCAGAAAUUGUUCUGCUGUUCUGUUAAGUGAGGUGGAUAAUAGGUUUAAUAAAGCUAUACAGUUUAAUACAUACAGAAAUGUAUACAAGAUAUAAGCACAUCAUAGAAGCACAUAUUUUUCACUUGGAAACCCAUGUCAUCUCUCAUGACCUAGGCUGAGUAAUCGUGACUGUGACUGCCGCAGGUUGUCCCCAUGAUUCACCUGAGAUCUUACCCGUCGUUGGCUGACCAGCCUAUACUAUCCUAUUACAGGGUGCCACAUCAAUUUUGCCUACUUUGCUGUGGACACCAAUGCUUAAUGAAAUAUGUCAUCUUCAACCGGCAAAUGAGGGAUAAGAACACAAGGAAACAUACUGGUAGGUGGUGUUGAGGUUCACUGGAGUCAGGAGAGACAAUGGCAGCAGUGUAGGUGGAUGU